AUGCCUGUGCCGCUGUACUGGCGCGUGGCGUGCCGCGCUUACCAUUGCGUGAUUUACCUCAUCAGCCAUGUCAUCCGAUGGCGCACGCCUGUCGUCAUCAAAGGCGCGGGCUCCCUCUCUUCAUUGCCGAAGUUUGUCCACAGCGUGAAGCUGCAGCGCGGAUUGCUGGUGACGGAUGCAGCCAUCAUGAAGCUCGGGUUGGCGGAUGACUUAAUCAGCGAGAUGAAGAAGCACGGUGCGGAGCUCGCGAUCUACGGGGACGUGCUCCCCAACCCAACAUUGUCGAUGGUGGAAGACGCCAACGAGCUCUACAAAAAGAAUAAAUGCGGCUACAUCAUCGCCGUCGGCGGCGGCAGCGUGAUGGACUGUGCGAAGCUGGUGGGUGUGCGGCAAGCCCGCCCGCGCACCCCGCUCGGCUCGAUGCGGGGGAUUCUGCGCGUUCUGUGGCCGCUGCCACCCAUCAUCGCCGUUCCCACUACCGCUGGCACCGGCAGCGAGUGCACUAUCGCUGCCGUCGUGGUGGAUCCGGCGCACAACGACAAAUUUGCCGUGAUGGACCCAUUCUUGACGCCCCGCUACUGCGUUCUCGACCCACAGCUGACCGUCGGGCUGCCAAAGUUCAUCACGGCGACGACCGGCAUGGACACGCUUACCCACGCCGUCGAGUCGUACAUCAACGUUUUCCACUACCCCAAGACGGACCAGGCUGCGAUACGCGCCGUAGAACUCGUUGCAAAGUAUCUCCUCCGUGCCUACGAAAAGGGAGACGACAUCGAGGCGCGCGAGAACAUGCUCGAGGGCGCCUUCCUCGGUGGGGUGGCUUUCACGCGGGCCUGCGUCGGCAACGUGCACGCGGCAGCGCACGCCGUCGGUGGACUCUACAACGUGCCGCACGGCUUCGCCAACGCGGUGAUACUGCCGCGCGUGCUGGACAUGUACGGCAGCACCAUCUACAAGCCGCUUGCCCGCCUCGCGGACGCCGCAGCGAUUCGCGGCGUAACGGAGGAGGACAAGGCCAAGAACUUCAUUGCGUGGAUCCGCGAGCUCAACGUGCGCAUGCAGAUCCCCCCGACGCUUGGCGCCAACGACGAACGCUACCGCAUCCUUGACAAGGAUAUUCCUUUCCUUGUCCGCCAUGCGUUACGUGAGGCCAACCCGUUCUACCCCGUUCCCGUCAUCUUUGGCGAGGCUGAGAUGACGGCGGUGUUCAACAGCGUGCGGUGA